AGGUUCCGGGUCAGGGGGCGGGCCAGGGAGCCACGUGCGGCGCCGUUGACUCCCGGUGCGGAAGGAUGAGUUCCCAGAGGGGGAACGUGGCCCGCUCACGGCCCCAGAGACAUCAGAACUCGCAAGUCUUCAAAAAUGACAAGUAUGACACAAGCGCCCAGCGCAAGAAAAUCAAUGCAAAGCUUCAUGAUGGAGUGUGUCAGCACUGUAAGGAGGUCUUGGAGUGGCGUGUAAAAUUCAGCAAAUACAAACCACUAUCAAAACCGAAGAAAUGUGUGAAGUGCCUCCAAAAGACUGUAAAGGAUUCUUACCAUAUUAUUUGUAGAUCUUGUGCUUGUGAAUUAGAAGUCUGUGCUAAAUGUGGAAAGAAAGAAGAAAUUGUAGUUCCGAUCAGUAAAGGACCAGAGAAGAUGGAGAAUGAGACUACUGGAAAUUGCCAAAGAAGGAUCAGUAGAAGAGAGGAGUCAGAGGAAAGUGAUGAACUGGAUUUUGACAUUGACUUAGAUGGCAUGGAUGAGAAGAAUCCUGACAUGCUUGAGGAACAUUUUAAAAAUAUGAAGUUUGAAAGGACAGAAGUCUGAAACUGUUCCUGUAGAAUCUUAUAUGAAAGGCUAAAGUUCUAGUCGGGAGACUGUACAACUGAAGAAAAAAGUCAAAGUGAUACUUACCUAGUAUUUCCACUAGGACAGUUCAGUCUGACAUUUGAGUGCUUAACACACUGCUAAUAUAAAUGGAACAUUUUAUAUUAGAAUUGGCUCUCAAAAAGCUUUAUGCAAGAGGGAUUCCACAAUAAAAAAAGUGUGUCAAUUUCUGGUAUACAGGGAGUUAUGGAGCCUUUCCACUUCCAGGUCAUUGGUUUUAAAAAUCAUCCUGAUUGGAAGUGUCUGUAACUCACUGUCAUGUGGUGACUAUUCUGUUUGUGCAAAGUGAGUUGCAGAUCUCAGGCCAAAGUAUUAUGGACAAAUGGCCAUAUCACAGGAAGGAAAGUUAAACUGUCAAAAAUAGCGCUAAUGAACAAUUCUAGAGACUAAGCUACUUUCUUAGUCAUGCUAAUAUGCUCCAGAACAGGGUUCUGCAGAGUACUGCCACUACCCCCACGCUUGCUGCUCAUCUCGUGUGUGUAAAUAGAAGAUCUGAAUGCUGUUAUGGUACCUCUCAUAAGCAACAGUACUUCAAUUGAAGUCAUGUCAUUAACAUUUUAAAUGUUAAUGACAUGACUAAGAUUCCCAGUGUGGAAAGACCACAAGCCUACUGUUUUUGGUUAGUAUAUAGUUGGUUUCACACAGCUGAUCUUUCCUUUGUGAGCUGUAUUUCUAAUUCAGUUUGCCUUAUGAUAUGAGAAAUAAAUAGUGUCCUCUAGUGACAGUCACGUAUAACUGCAUUUAUUUUUCAGCUGCAAUAUUGCCAGGUUUGAUCUCUAAUCUAGUUCAUGUGUUUUUGUAGGAACAGCCUUUCUAAAAUUAAAGCAAAUCAGUUUUCUACAUUAAGGAGAACUAACUAUAAAAUAUGGACUAGAACAUCUUAAUGGGGAAGGCUUAACUAAGUUUAUUGGAAUAGAAUAACCCUUUUAUUACUUGAAUUCAGUAGCACCUCUUGGUUGUGUGCUUCGCAACCUGAAAUACUGCUGGAAUUAGCAAGUGUUUCAUCUGCUAUGGCAAUAGAUUCCAAGGCCAGAGGGGACCAAAAGUAUUAAACAACAUUUUUACAAGAGACUAUUUAAAUUAACCACAUAUGGUUCAUCAUAGAAUUGCCCAGUUCUAAGGGACUUUGCUCAGUGUACACAGCUGACCUACCAAACAAAGUGCCAUCUUGGAUGCCCUGUCCAAUUACAGCAGCAGUGAGCCACAGAGGUUGAACUUCCUCACACCCCACUUGGAAAGUGGGGAAAUGUGGGUGGUUUUUUUUAGCCCAUGUAAGGCAAUAAGGGUUGGUUCCCAGUAGGUGGGAACUGCUACACCAUGGAUCUUUUUUUAUCCAAGCAAUUUGAGCAAUUGCCAGGGAAUCUAAAUCCUGAAAGAAAUUGCAUGCAGGCUGCCACGGAGUGUUGAGUAUACAAAGGUGGCGGAUAUUGAGCCAAAAAUGAGGAAUAAAAUGAGAGUUCUUUUGCAUAAAGAGCAGCAGUAUUCAGAAACAACUACUUGUGUGUGACCAACCACAUUAUACUGUAUGGAAAUAUUUCCCAGCCUUGUAGAAUGUUCUUUCCUAACUUUAAGAUUCUGUUUAAAUGGACGUUUAAAUUUGCAUUUAAAAAAAGCAAGAGGAAGUAGUAUAAAGAGGGAAAUACUUUUAAAAGCCAAGAGUGCUUUGGAGACUGCAUUCUUAUGCUCUGUAGGGAAGUGAGACUUACUGAUUGGAUAGCAACUUCUGAUGAGCUAGUCAGUGUGUCCAUGACACCUUAAGGGGGGGCAGGGAGGGGAGAAAUGAGAGGACAGAGUAAAAGCAGGUAUUUUAGUUGGCUCUAUAAACAAAGUACAUAGUCCCUCUAUACCUGUGCUGGAGUCAGAAGACAGGAUACUGACACUAAAGCAUGUAGUGUGGGGUGUUGGUAAGGAGGAGGUUAUUGUAGUUAUUACCCAGCUUUGAUGCAGAAACUAAUUACAAAACUUGCAAUUAUUAAAUUGGAGAAGGAAAUGAGGUUUUUUUGUUUGUUUGUUUUUUAAAUCCACAGACCUCCAUGCUGGAUUCCAAAAAAUGUUUUGAGAAAACUAGGAGAAUUGCAUGGAAAAGGAGAAAAGUUGGGAGAGGCAUGAAAAGCCUUUCACGCAAGGAGAGUUUGAAAGGAUUAGGGGAUGAUAGAUAUCACAAUGCAAAAUGACAAAGUGGUUUGGAGAAAGUAAACAACACAAGUCUGACAGUCCUAGGCAAACAAAUGGAAUGAUUCAUGUGGCACUCUUAAAGAAGGGUAAUGUAAUUACUGUCAAUCAUCAUGGAUUUGUGGGAAAUAGUUCUUGUAAUCUCAUACAAAAGUUAGAGGAUUCAAAGAAAAGCCAGGAGAACGAUUAAAGGAUUGGAAGAUGUACUCUCUCUCAUGAGUGAGCUCCUUGAGUCUAUUUAGCUUAGCAAACAGUUAUGGGAGUGACAGGAUCGCUCUAUAAGUACCUUCAUAGGGAACAGAAAUUUGAUGAAGGCUAUUUUCUGAUCAUUUGAAGAUAGUCCAGUGGCUAGAAGUUGAAGCUAGACAGACAUUUUAGACUGGAAAUAAGGUGCAGAAUUUUAACACCAAGGGUAAUUAACCAUUGCAGCAACUUGCAAAGGAUUGUGAUGGAUUCUCCAUCACUCAAAGUUCUUAAAUCAAGACUCGAUGUUGAAGAUGUGCCUACCUGAAUCACACCUACUAAACUAGAAGCAGGAAACUCCUAUGGCCUGUGUUGUGCAGGAGGUGAGACUAGGCUAUCACUUCUGGUUUUAAAGUCUGAUCCUAGCCACUCAGAAUACGAAACUAGAUGAAUAUCUGGUCUGUUCCAGUAAGAUAGUUCCUUUUCUUACAGUAUACAUGAAUAUUUGCAGGAAUACUGGGUUUCUCUAUUGUUUUGUAUAGAUAUGUACGGGGUUUUAAACUUUGCCUUGACCACAGAGGAAAAACUUUGAUGCUGGACAAUUUUUUUAUUGCACUUUGCACAAGCACCACUGCUAACAAUCACAGGACUGAUUGCCUCAUGCAAAAGAUCACUUGGGGCCUGAUCCUGAGUUGUGCUGAGUUCAGGAGCCAGGCUCAUUUGAUGGUUAGCAUCAGGUCUGGAUAAAGUAGUGUGAGAAUUGAUCAUACAAUCUGACCAUUAACUACAGGGCAUCUUCUGAAGAUGCCCCGUAGUUAAUUUGUCUGCAAUAAAAAAACAUGUUUUUAGGCACAGUUACAUAAAGUUGUCUUUAAGAUGAUA